AAAAGCUUCUCAAUCAUCAGGAGUCAUCAAUUCUUGUGCUCACUGGCCCUGCUGGAUGUGGAAAAUCCACAUUGGCCAAAGCUUUUUGUCAUGAUCAAGAAGUUAAAGAAACAUUCAAGGACAAUAUCUUCUUCGUUACGGUUUCUAAGAACCUGAGCAUAGACCUCAUUGUACUGUAAAUAAUAUCUCAACUCAAGGAGUAUAUGGUGCCUCAAGUUGAAAGCCAAGCCACUGCAGUUGAGUGGCUGGGACAAUUUCUGAAAGAAGCAGGACAAAAUCCUUUACUAUUGGUCCUGGAUGAUGUUUGGCAUGUGUCAGAAUUUAAGAAAUUGAAAAUAGCAAAUAUCAAGAUAUUAGCGACAUCAAGAUCUGAACUCCAAGGAUUUGGUUCUCCCUAUUAUAUAAAUGCUCUAAGUAACGAAGAGGCUAUGACUUUAUUUCAACGUUCAGCAUUCCUGGAAGACGGAUGCUUUUAUGUUCCAGAAGAGAUCCUGAGAAAGACUGUAUCUUACUGUCACGGACUCCCACUUGCCCUUCAAGUCCUUGGAAGAUCACUGCGCGGGAAGCCAACAGAUAUGUGGCAGAAAACAGUAGAUGAACUGUCCAAAAUUUCUUCCAUUUCUAACAGUGAGAGUGAUCUGCUUCCUUUCCUCAAACUCAGUUAUGAUGCCUUGGAUGAAAUUAUGAAGGAGUGUUUUUUAGACAUUUGUCUCUUUCCUGAAUACCAAAGAGUCCCUGCUGCUGCCCUCAUUGAUAUGUGGGCAGAGUCAUAUGGAAUAGAUGACAAUAUAUCCAUUAUGAACCUCCACGAGCUCACCACCCGGGGACUGGCUAAACUUGUAGGCACACGGAAGGAGAAAGUGGAUGUGGAUGGCUACUACAGUACUCUCCAUUUUACCACGAACGAUAUUAUAAGAGAUCUGGUAAUCGAUCUGAGUGAUCAGAAACCGAUAAAACAGAGAAAUAGACUGAAUAUAGAAACUCUUGGAGGCAAGCUUCCCCGCUGGAUCAAUAACCCUCAAGAACAGAAGUAUCAGCCUAUGAAUGCUCGCCUAGUAUCAAUUUCAACAGAUGAGGCAUUCUCACAAAAAUGGCACAACAUGCUACUUCCAGAAGCUGAGGUUCUAGUUCUGAAUUUUCAAGCAGAGAACUAUGCGUUUCCCAUAUUUGUGCAAAACAUGACAAAUUUGAAGGCUCUAAUAGUCAGGCGUUGUGAUGAACAACCUGCUCUCUGGCCUAUUGGUCCUUCACCUGCUGAAUUGAGCAAUUUUCAACUACUCAGUUCAUUGGAAAAUCUGCGCACAAUAAGACUAGAGAGAAUUUCGAUUCCUUCCAUAAGAAUGAACUCCAUACAAUUGAAGAGCCUACGAAAGAUAUCCCUGUUCAACUGUCGCAUUGGUCAAACUUUCAACAAUAGUUCCAUCCAGAUGUCAGAUACAUUUCCGAAUCUGGAGGAAACAAAGAUUGACCACUGCAAUGAUCUGGUGGAAUUGCCUGCCAUCUGUGAUCUUGUUCGUCUAAGGAAGCUGAGUCUCACCCGCUGUCAUUAUCUACUAUCUUUGCCUCCGAAUUUCGGAAAGUUGCGCAAACUAGAAACUUUACGCCUGAAAUCAUGCACAGUCUUAGAGAUGUUGCCAGGAUCGAUGAUGAAGCUUACCAAGUUGGAAUUUCUUGACCUAUCUCAUUGCAGAAGCCUUAAAGCGCUUCCUGAACUUGGUGAACUGAGCAAGUUGAGAACAAUCAACAUGAGCCAAUGCCGUAGGCUGCAAAACCUGCCACUCUCUGUUUUGAAUCUUAAACAGUUACAGAUAGUGAUAUGUGAUGAAGAGACUGAGAAGUUAUGGCAACCCUUCCUGCCCGGCCUCAAAAACUUACGCAUAAAGUUGAGCUUCCCCAAGCUUCAAUUCUGAACCCUCUUUUAGUCAAUAAAUGUUGAUAUUCAAGAUACCAAGCUGGAGCUGCAGCUAUGAUAGGUUGACAUGCAGAUCAAAUCACGGCUGAUGGUUUUGUUUCUUCGACUUGUCCUUUUGCUGUAACUUAGCACGGAAUAUGUUUCUGGUUAAUUUGCGUUUAUGAUUUGGACUUGUUUGGGACCUCAUCUGUUCGGCCUUGCAUGGUUUUGCUCUACUGGGCUUGAAUAAUGUGAUUGGUGUGUGU